AUGGGCAACCUGCUCGGCGGAGUCAGCUUCCGCGAGCCCGCCACCGUGGAGGACUGCGACUCCACCUGGCAGACCGACUCGGAACCCGAGCCCGAGGAGCCGCGGCCGGGCGGCGGCGGUGGCGAGGGCCCGGGGCAGGAGCCCGAGCAGCCCGCGCAGCCCCCGGAACGAGCCGGCGGCCGGCCCCGCACCAGCCCCGCGCCGGACGAGGAAGCUGAGGCGGCGGGCGCCGAGCAGGGUAGUGAUUCCAGUGAAGCAACUGCCAAGCCAAAGAGAAGUUUUUAUGCUGCAAGGGACUUAUACAAAUACCGACACCAGUACCCGCAGAACUUCAAAGAUAUCCGAUAUCAAAAUGACUUGAGCAAUCUUCGUUUUUAUAAGAAUAAAAUUCCAUUUAAGCCAGAUGGUGUUUACAUUGAAGAAGUUCUAAAUAAGUGGAAAGGAGAUUAUGAAAAACUGGAACACAACCACACUUACAUUCAAUGGCUUUUUCCCCUGAGAGAACAAGGCUUGAACUUUUAUGCUAAAGAACUAACUACAUAUGAAAUUGAGGAAUUCAAAAAAACAAAAGAAGCAAUUAGAAGAUUUCUCCUAGCUUAUAAAAUGAUGCUAGAAUUUUUUGGAAUGAAACUGAUUGAUAAAACUGGAAAUGUUGCUCGGGCUGUUAACUGGCAGGAAAGAUUUCAGCAUCUGAAUGAGUCCCAGCACAACUAUUUAAGAAUCACCCGUAUUCUUAAAAGCCUUGGCGAGCUUGGAUAUGAAAGUUUUAAAUCUCCUCUUGUAAAAUUUAUUCUUCAUGAGGCUCUUGUGGAAAAUACUAUUCCCAAUAUUAAGCAGAGUGCUCUGGAGUAUUUUGUUUAUACAAUUAGAGACAGACGAGAAAGGAGAAAGCUCCUGCGGUUUGCCCAGAAACAUUACACGCCUUCAGAGAAUUUUAUCUGGGGACCGCCUAGAAAAGAACAGAUGGAGGGAAGCAAAACUCAGAAAAUGCCUGCCCCUCCUGCCUCCAGUCAUAACAGUCAGACUUCUAUGCACAAAAAAUCCAAGGACUCCAAAAAUUCCUCUUCAGCUGUUCAUUUAAAUAGCAAAACAGCUGAAGAAAAAAAAGCAGCACCAAAAGAGGCUGAGGAAGAGACAGACAGGCCCAGCCCAGAGCCCAGCAAUGAAGCUGACAAGCCAAGAAACACAGAGAAGGACAGUCACGCUGAGAACUCAAAUUCUCAACCUGAAAAAACAGUUUCUAAUCUCACAGAAAAAAAGGAGAGUGCAUCACCUCCUGAAAAAGAUGAAGAAGGUGAAAAUCAUAAGAAAGACUGGGAAAAUCCUGGAAAUACAAGUUGCCACGAUGAUGUACUACUACAGUGAAUUUUCAGAAAACUCACAAACCAGUUUAGAUAGCAGAGGAGAAAACUAUGAUACAGGUUUAUCCUAAUCAACAGAGAUGAGG